AUGACGGCUCAGUGGUGGCAUAAGUUGAAACAAUUAUCAGCCACGUUUACUAACAUCAACGAAUUGGAAACGGAAAACGAAAUCAAGACUCAUCUCACAAAAAAAGAUUUGCUUUUGUCAGAACUAGGACAUAACGGGAAGAAAUUGCUACACUACAUAGCAGAGAUUAAUAGUUCGUCGAUAACGCAAUUUUGUAUUGAUGCAGGCUGCGAUGUGAAUGAAUUUAGUGACCUGGGAAUAACACCAAUUAUCAUUGCUAUUGAUCACAGUAAUGUGGAUACGGUAAAAACUCUUUUGGAAGCUGGAGCGAUUCGCAAUAGUUAUUAUUAUAGAAAAAACUCAGGACCAUUGUUCACUGCAAUUGAAAAGGGACAUCGUGAUAUGAUUAAGUUGCUACUGAAUGAUGGUGUGGACGACCAUACAAAGACUUCUGCAUUUCUUCACUGUGUCAAUUUACUCAUAUCAGGGAAGUCCAACAAUGGCCUCUACGAAAUCAUGGAAUUACUCAUCAAGGCUGGAGCAAACAUUAAUGCGGAAGAUGAUAAUGGAAACACUCCUCUCCACUUAGCUGUUGGCGCGGGUUGCGAUGACGCAAUCGAGUUCUUGUUAAAAGCAAAUGCCCAAGUCAAUGUUGAAAAUGUUUACAAACGCAUACCACUGCAAAAUUUUCAACUCUCGGAAAUGAUGCGCGUUGGCCCUGUCGAGCGCCUGAUUGAGGUUGGAAGUAAAAUUGAGGGAGCCGACAUUUUUGGGAACACUGCGUUGCACUACGCUGUUGCGUCGAUGUCGUUAAACGCAGUGAAAUUCUUACUUAGCAAAGGUGCAUCAGUCAAUGUUGUAAAUCGCAUGGAUUUUGAUCCUCUCAGCUACAGUUUUUUCACGAGGGUUUGCUUCAACUCAAACGAGCGUAUUCGAGGGGACAUACUUGACGAAUACAUAAUAUGUAUCAUAACGCUAUUGGAUAACAAACUAGACCUGAACCGUAUGAACAAAAAUGGUUGGACGCCGUUGUACGUCGCUCUGCAAAAUGGUCACGAUAGCAAAAUCAUAUCUUUAUUGUUGGAUCGCGGAGCUACGUUUGAUUAUGACAACAGCAUAGUACAGACAACCAUUAGAGGAAACAGAAACCAAAAAACUUCAAGGAUACUACUGAGACACAUGGCUAUGCAUAAUCCGCAAAAACGUUUGAAUUUCGAUAAAUCAGACUGA